GGGGGACCCGGUGCCGGUCCCGCCCUGGGGGCGGUCGGGGGCGGCCGGCCCGUCCCCUUUAAGCGGCGCGGCGGAGGGGCCCGCCCGCUCAUUUCCGAGCACGCAGGAAGUGCAGCCGGGGCUCCGCGCCGGCCCGCGCGGUUCUAUCUUCGUUUUGCUGACUCAAACCACAGAUUCCAAGGAAAGGAGAGGAAGUGGAAUAAAAUACUCUAGUGCCGGAGGAAAAGCAAGACUAGCCAAUGAAAAUUACUAUUACUAAAUUGUAGCUUGCUCUCACACGUAGUGGGGGGGAAAAAUUGCUGUCUAUUCAAGACCUACAAAAUUACUUUUGCAGAUUUCCCUCACAAAACUUCGAAUAAGCUUAGCCCCUUCAACUAAAGCACAGUUAGGAAAUGGAAAUAUGAUUCCUUGCUGGUGUCUUGCAUCCUCCUCCCCCUUUGCAGGUUUUUUUUGUUUGGGGUAGGAAAUCCUGAACAAAUUGUAUGGCGUCAAGCAGACUUACAGUUGAUGGUUAUGGAUGACACAGGAACCUCAGAUGUACGUCUCUGCAAUGACACCUGAUUGAGGCAAAGCUUGGAAACUGCUCAUCAGCUAUGUUACCAGAACUUGUAGUAGUUAUUGCAGUUGUGUAUUCUCUCUUUUUCUAAGAUUUGAAGUCUGGGUGAUGUCCCCUGGAAAGCAAGAGCAGAUAAGUCAUCUUUUAGGUUUGGAAAUAGAAAUAAUAUGAGAAUGCCCAGAAGAGGCUUAGUAAUUCAAGCCAGGACUCGUUGGCUAUUGGUGGGCCUUGCAUUACUGUUCAGUUUAGUCCUGCUCAUGUAUUUGCUGGAGUGUGCCCCACAAACAGAUGGCAAUGGAUCUCUGCCUGGUGUCGUAGGUGAAAGCAUGGGUAAAGAAUACUAUCAAGCUCUCUUGCAGGAACAAGAAGAACAUUAUCAAAACCGAGCUACCAGUCUGAAACGUCAGAUUGCCCAGCUAAAGCAAGAGCUUCAGGAAAUGAGUGACAAAUUGAAGUCCCUGCAGGAGAAAAAGAGCCCGAAGGUCAAUGGUAUGAACUACCAGGGCACCAAAGAGCAAACAUCCAACGAUCUCCUAGAGUUUCUUCAUUCCCAGAUUGACAAAGCUGAGGUGAGCGUGGGGGCCAAACUGCCUAGUGAGUAUGGAGUCAUUCCUUUUGAAAGCUUUACGUCCAUGAAAGUAUUCCAGCUGGAGAUGGGGCUCACUCGGCAUCCAGAAGAGAAACCUGUUAGAAAGGAUAAACGAGAUGAGUUGGUGGAAGUUAUUGAGGCUGGCCUAGAAGUUAUCAAUAAUCCAGAUGAAGAAGAUGGACAAGAUGAAGAUGAUGGAGUAGGAGAUAGACAGCUGUAUAGUGAAAAUGAUUUUGUAGAAGGUUACUAUCGUACAGAAAGAGAUAAGGGGACACAGUAUGAGCUGUUUUAUAAGAAGAUGGAUGGCAUGGAGUACAGGCAUGUCACCUUGUUCCGACCCUUUGGACCCCUCAUGAAAGUGAAGAGCGAAACGGUCGAUAUUUCUAGGUCGAUCAUUAACGUUAUUGUUCCUCUUGCUGGAAGAACUGAGGCAUUUGCACAAUUUAUGCAAAACUUUAGGGAUGUGUGUAUUCAUCAGGAUAAGCGUGUUCACCUCACAGUGGUGUACUUUGGACAAGAUGGUCUAUCAGAAGUAAAAAGCAUCCUAGAAUCUGUAGCUAGAGAAACUGACUUCCACAAUUACACACUUGUCUCUCUGAAUGAGGAAUUUAACCGAGGCCGAGGACUUGACAUGGGUGCCCGAGCCUGGGAGAAGGGCGAGGUCCUGAUGUUCUUCUGUGAUGUUGAUGUUUAUUUCACAGCCGAAUUCCUCAACAGCUGUCGCUUAAACGCUGAGCCCGGGAAAAAGGUUUUCUAUCCUGUGGUAUUCAGCCUUUACAAUCCUGCUAUUGUCUAUGCCAACCAAGAUAUACCACCUCCUGUGGAGCAGCAAUUGGUUCACAAGAAGGAUUCUGGUUUCUGGCGGGAUUUUGGCUUUGGCAUGACUUGUCAAUAUCGGACAGACUUUCUGACUGUUGGGGGUUUUGACCUGGAGGUGAAAGGCUGGGGCGGCGAGGACGUGCACCUGUACAGGAAGUACUUGCACGGUGAGCUGAUGGUGGUGCGCACGCCGGUGCCGGGGCUGUUCCACCUGUGGCACGAGAAGCACUGCGCGGACGAGCUGACCCCCGAGCAGUACCGCAUGUGCAUCCAGUCCAAAGCCAUGAACGAGGCGUCGCACUCGCACCUGGGCAUGCUGGUGUUCAGGGACGAGAUCGAGGCGCACCUCCGCAAGCAGGCCUACAGGACUAACAGCGAGGCCGCGGGCUGACGGGCUCCCCGCGCCCGCUGGCUUCACACUGAACCAGCAUCCUUUCACAGCCUUAAUUCCGCUUACAAAUGCAGUGCCUCUCUUUUUCAGUGAAGAAGAGUUUAGAGGGUUUUUGGUUCUCGUGUUUGUUUUCCGAGUAACCCUUUGACUGAUACGCUCUUACCUACGUAUCUUGAGAGUUCAAGCACCUCAGCUAAAUUGGACAGCGUAUGAAGUUCAAGGAAAGUGUCUUCAGUAGCGACUGGGAAAAAUCUGUGGAAUGUACAAAUCAACACUUCUCCAUGUCAUUUCUGUUCUUAUAUUUGCAUUCUUUUGAGAAUUAAAUGAAAUAAUCCUUUGUGUCUUGAGUA